AGAGGAAGAAGAGAAUAGCUGAAAUCGAAAAUCAAAUCAGUCGAAGUGAAAAAAUUCCAUAAGGCGAAAGCAAAAGUUGGUAAAUAAGUUCUGAUUGGAUUAAAAUGUGGAAGUGAAAACAUUGACCGUGAAAUUAAAACUUUUCUGUUUUUCCGAAACAAAAUUUAGAUGCGUUUGAAAAUUAAAAGAAAUUUUGUGAUUACUGUGCGACAACAACAAAAUUAAUGUUGCAAUUGGUGCUUAAUUAGGUUUCGAGAUUCCCGAGGCUUCGUUUCCAAUUAAAAACGUGACGAACUAGUGAACAACCGAGCGCAAAGUUAUGCAGAGUAGGUGGAUGUCAGACGUGUACUUAUGUGUGAGGUUGCAGGUGUUUUACAAGUUAUCAAAUUGGAGUUAGACAAAAUUCGCCGUUCUCUAAAAAGUAUAAAAAAUGAAGAAAAACCAUUAAUCAUCAAUAUCAUCAUAGACCGAGAGUGAUUUGCAAUUUGCUUCAUAGUUUUCUUUUUAUUUAAAUAUUUUUCAUUGCGUGUGUGUACUAUGCUCAUUUUGCUAGCUAGUGAAUUGAAUACACCGAAUACUUAUGCCGCGUUUCGUCAAAUAUUUUGCGUAGUUCCAAUUGCAUGAACUUAAAACAAGGAACAACACCCGCGAAACUAGAAGUCCAAGAGACCAAGAGAGAGACGUUCACGAACAAGUGUCCUUACAAAUGAAGAUAAAAUUGCUUGCUCUGAUUUAACGUGUUCCGUGGUUAAUAGCAGCUCAACUAAAGCGCUCGGAACCACAUCACUCCAGUUCUAGCUAAAUUAAUUUCUUCCUGUACGUAACCACUGCCGUCUCAACCGAAUUUGACAUAAUAUCGUUGUACCAACAAUUUUCUGCCGCCACAAUAGUUAAUGAUACAUUACUCUUGCGCUCUCCGAGCUCUGCGCCAUUCUGGGAUACAUAGAGUUGUAGUGCGCUAUUCAACUCCAUUCUUUUCUGCAAUUGAUCGCUCGGUUGGUUGGUUUAUGUAACAAGUGUGUUGUGUUGUGUUAAAUUGUUAUUGUACUCUAAAUUAAAUGUAUUUACGUAAAUAGUUAUAUACGUAUAUACAUUUUAUAAAAUGGAAAUGUAUGCAGACAUACACGCCAAAAAGAAUAAGUAAAGCUUAAAAAUGUGUUAUACUAUAAAGGAGGAACACGCAAUCAAGUGAAAAGCAAAUACCUACAUGCGAUAAACCAAAACAAAUCUCUCGAAUUUAUAUAUAAACUAUAAGCUUUAUAAAAUAAUAAUUUAAUAAAAAUAUUGAAUGCUUAUCUGUGUCGGGAAAAUGUUUUUAACAAAUUAAAAUUUUGCGAGCAAUUUUAAAAAAUUGGGCAGCUCAAUAGAAAAUUAAAGUGUUCCGAUCGCGAAGGCAAUGUUAUUUAUAAAAAAGUGAAAUACAAGCAACGCGGAUCUUAAAUCAUAGAUUUUCGAUUAGCUUACCCUCAUAAUAACCCGUAAAGUUUGAAAAAUAUGGAAAUGAAAUUAUAUUAGAACCUCUUAGAUUAUCCUGCCACGAAAAAAUCGAGAUUGAGUCAGGAACUUAUAAUGUAAUAUUGAAUUUUGUGAAUUAUCAAGACUCAUCACGAUGACUAGUCCAGAGGAUAGGAUAACAAAUCAUGAUAUUGCGCGCGAAGCCGGAAAUGAUGAACAUUUACAUAUAACAUCAGGAACAAUUUCUUUUGAAUACAAGCCAAUGCAACCAAACGCAACAGAUAUAGAUCAACAGAUAUUGGAGAAGCAGGAACUACAAAAACAAAUGCUUCUCCAUACAUUUCAUGAGCAGACGAAGGAGCUGGAAUUGCGACACAAAAUGCAACUGGAACAAAAGUACCAGUAUGCGGUGCAUUCACAUGGCGCUUUCCAGGAACUACGAGAACAAAGACUUUCCACCGCCGCAGAGGAGCAGCAGCAAAGAGAGCGACGCGAGCGUGAGGUAAUCAAGCGGAAGGAAAACUGCAGUGCCAAUGCCAGCCCCGAAGUCAAGCAAAUUUUAAAUAACUUUCUAAUUAACCGCAAACAGGCGGCCUCCUCCAAUGGCAUAACGACAACGUCAUCCUACAGAAAUAGAGGUGUAGUGAAGAGCUCGUCCGGCGAAUCGUUGCCAGCUGGUUCUUUGACAAGUUCCCAUCCAUAUAAAAUACCACAACCGCCAUCAUCAUUUCUGAAAUAUGAAUCCGAUUUUCCACUACGCAAAACAGCAUCCGAACCAAAUUUGUUGAAGCUACGUCUAAAGCAAAGCGUUAUUGAGCGCAAGCAGAGAAUCAGUCCAGCUGGGUUACGUCGGCAUGAGCGCAUAUUGCAGCGAAGGCAGCAGAAGCAAAAUUCCGCUUUAACAAAUUGCAGCAGUACACCAGAUUCCGGUCCAAACUCACCGCCUUCGUCCUCACUCUCCGCUGGUGUUGUAGGUAGUCGCGGCUCACCGACUAGUGCACCCAUUCAAGAAGAGAACGAGGAGAGUGGGCAAUAUCAGCCGGGCCAGCGUAGUAGUAUAAAUGAUCUCUCGCUGUUUAGCUCACCCUCAAUGCCAAAUAUUCCACUUGGCGGACCACAUUUGGCAAGCCAUGCACAUUCUCAAGCAAAUGUCAACAAUUAUGCUAUGCUCGCCGCUCUUCGACAGCAUGUACCUACUUUGGCCGCUCCUACAUACUAUAGUCCGUUGGCGAUGCCAUUCGCCCGACACCAACCGCCUCCGCCGCCACCUCCAUCGCACACCGCCGCUGCAAUGACGGUCGCCGCAGCUAGCGCUCUGCCACCCGCUCCAGCGCCAGUUGUACGCUCUGCCUCGGCCACAUCCACCUCGUCAUCGCAAGCUUCUUUGGCCAGUGAUGCUAUACCACCUAUUGCGCAUGCCGCUUCAACACUCCUACCUGCUGGUGGCGCUGGCGCACAUGGUCACGCUGUCUUAGGCGCUGGCACACCAAUGGUCGGUGUUUCACCUUCGAUGUAUGGACAGCCAAUAACCGAUGCCCAAGUGGCUCACGCCCACCUUAACAAGCAAGGACAUCGACCUUUGGGGCGCACUCAAUCAGCACCUUUACCGCUAGGUCAUCCAAUGCUCACCGGAACUGCACAGAUUGGUGUCGGACAAACGCACUAUGAGAACAGUGAUGCAGAGCAGCAGGCGCACAUGUUGGUCACGCAGAAAAUACGGCAAACAUUGAUAAACCGUAGUAGCGCAAAUCGUGAACCUCAACUAAAAGAGGAAGAAGAUGCGGCCGAGGUUAUUGAUCUGACGGACAAAAAGAAGCCACCAAAAACCGUCAUAACUAGUAUUGUACCCACGAGUACCUCACAAAAUCUGCCAGAGACGACGAACGCACCGUUAGUCGCCUGCAUGCCCAACACGCCGAGUAAGUUACGCGAUCAAGAAUACCUGCAGCAACAACGGGAACUACUAUAUAGACAAGCAUUGCAGAUGGAUGAUUCAGUCGCACGUGGUUUGGUACGCCCACUAUCGCGAACACUAUCUAGUCCUUUAGUGCAUAUGGGUCCAAAUGGUAUAAGCCAGCUUCCAGAUACUGGCCAAUAUGCUCCACCUAUUAUAACUUCCUCAUCAGCAGAUCAUAUUCCGCCAGUUAAUCUAACAGUCCCGCAUCGGCGUCGAGUGCUGGAGCACUCAUCGCCCGGUGUGCCAGCGUCCAAUGUGUUUUCUUCAUUACCUGCCAUACAACCUGCCAUUGUUGGUGCAGCGAUUAGCAAGCUUACAAACGAUUUUUCUACCCACAAAACAACUACUGGUCUCGCUUAUGAUAAUCUUAUGCAGAAGCAUGCCUGCACUUGUGGUGAUAAUUCGGUUCAUCCGGAGCAUAGUGGGCGUUUGCAGAGCAUCUGGGCCCGCUUAAUUGAAACUGAUCUGGCUAAGCGUUGCGAUCGUCUACGAUCACGCAAAGCUACGCUGGAGGAGUUGCAAUCAGUGCACACUGAGGCACACACAAUACUUUUUGCUUCAAGUUCUUGUCAGUUGAAUCGGCAGAAGUUGGAUAGUCCACCCGCUCUGGGCUUUGUUCGUUUAUCCUGCGGAGGUUAUGGUGUAGAUUUGGAUACCACAUGGAAUAAGGAUCAUACGGCAGCCGCUGCACGUAUGGCUGCCGGUUGUGUCAUUGAUUUAGCUUUUAAAACAGCUAAAGGCGAUAUUAAAAAUGGUUUCGCGGUAGUGCGACCUCCAGGCCAUCACGCAGAGGCCAAUUUAGCGAUGGGGUUUUGCUUUUUCAACUCCAUUGCGAUUGCUGCAAAAUUGUUGCGUCAACGUAUGCCGGAAGUCAAACGUAUAUUGAUUGUGGAUUGGGACGUGCAUCAUGGCAAUGGAACACAACAAGCAUUCUAUGAUAACCCCGAUGUGCUAUAUUUAUCCAUACACAGGCAUGAUGAUGGUAACUUUUUCCCGGGCACUGGUGGUUCAACCGAGUGUGGAGUUGGUGCUGGCGCUGGUUUUAAUGUAAACAUUUCCUGGUCGGGUUCACUCGAUCCACCUCUGGGCGAUGCUGAAUAUAUUGCUGCAUUCCGUACAAUUGUGAUGCCUAUCGCAAAGUGUUUUAAUCCAGAUAUUGUCUUGGUGUCGGCUGGUUUCGACGCAGCUGCCGGUCACCCUCCACCUUUAGGUGGUUACAUGGUGUCGCCGGCAUGUUUUGGUUUUAUGACGAGGGAACUAAUGCAAUUGGCUGAGGGUAAAGUGGUGUUGGCGCUGGAAGGCGGUUACGAUUUACCCGCAAUUUGUGAUUCUGCACAGGAGUGCGUACGUGCGCUUCUAGGCGACCCAUUGUCUGCAAUCGCAGAAAGUGAGAUUAAUAGACAGCCAUGUCAGAAUGCGAUAGAUACGUUGCAGAAGACAAUUGCCAUACAGUUACAACAUUGGCCAUGUGUACGCCGUUUGGCCCAUACUGUCGGUUUAUCCGCGCUCGAGGCAUUAAAAAUUGAGCACGACGAAUCGGAAACCGUUACUGCCAUGGCAGGCCUUUCUAUGCAGUCGAUGAACAGAAAUUUAUCUCGUGAUGACUCAGAAGAACCAAUGGAUCAAGAUGAAGUUAAGUAAUUUGAAACUAAAAACCUUGAACGACUUUUGUCUGAGUUCGUGCGCACCUAAUGCGUCAGUCAAUAAAUCGCCGGCAAAGGAAAAUUUUUAUAUAAAAGCCUCGGGCAACAAAACGUCGACGCUAGGUGUGCGUAUAUUGGAUUUACAGGUGCACAGAUGACUGUGGAAAUACUGUUCCUGUCUGUGAAAAGUGUCAAAAUAAAGAUACGGUGUUUCGGUUUUUAUUUACAUAAUCUCUAUUGUAUGUUUGUCCCUUUGUCCCUAAGCUGAAAUUAUAAGGCAGAACCACGUCUACGAGUUAGUGAGGGAGUUCUGUCACAGCAUUUAUGUGUAGCUGAUGUUUUUCUUGGACAUUUGGUAUUAAGCGAAGGUAUCUGUUGUCUAUGUAAUUCGUUCAUUGCUAAGCUUAGGAAAAAUAUAUUGAAAACAAAGAUUAUCUAUUUACAUGUGGUAUGUACAAACAUGCAGCAUAAAUAUAUUUUAAACAAAAGUACAUACAUAUACAAAAAUGCAUACAUAUAUGCGUACAUGUAACUCUAAACAAAGUAUUUGUAUUCUUGUAUACAUAAAUAUAUUUAUAUUGAUUUGUAUUUAUGAGUAAAAAACAUAUAAUGCAUACAUGUAUCUACAUAUAUGCUUUUUGAUAUUCAAUACCAAUAUGACGCAAAAUCAGAUGAGUUUCUUUAAUGUUGAUUCAAUGUUAUAAGAUAAUGUUAGAAAGAAUUUUUAAUGUUAAUGUAAUAUGUAAGUUAAAUUGUAGUAGCUCAUUUUCAUUAGUAAAUACUAUAUUUCCUUUUUAUCACAAAGCAUCAGAAAAAAAAAAUAUAUUUUUAGAAAACAAAAAUCUAUGUGAUAAAAAACGAAUAAUUUGAGAGCAAAAUUAUUAAGGAAUCUACUAAAUUAUUGUAAUAUGACAAUGUGCGAAUAUCACUGAUUAACCACCGCCUCUCACAACAGACAAAAAACAAAGCAAAAUAAAACCACUGCAAUCGGUCAAACCCACAGAUUUACCUAAAACUCACUUUUAUUGUUAAUUUCUUCUUUUAAUUAAACUUUAUUUUUUAUUUUUAGAUAUGUUAAUUAUUACUACCAAAACUGAAUAAAAUAAAAUAUGUAUAUGUUAGUGUUAGAUAUGUUGUCACACGUUCAAUGCAAUUAAACGUGUUUACAUGAGAUACAAAAUUCUACGUUAUAAUUACUAUAGUGUGUAUGUAUGUAUUUACAUGUAAUUUAGAAUUAAGGAGCAAUUUUUAAUAUAUGUAUGCUUAUGAGUGUAUAUGUGCAAUAUAUAAUAUUGCGUUCGUAUGCAUAACUGGGCAUUAAUUUAAUGUAA